AUGCCUUUUGACGAUGAUGACAACCCACACAUCGUCGUAGGACCGCCCAGUGUGGGCGGCGUCGACGGCGCCGCGGCCGUCGCCGAAGAGGCCAUGGAGGACGAGAUGCCCGACUACAAGCUCUUCAUGAGCAUGUUCGACAAAAAGGGCGUGUCGAGCAAGACAAUCCGCAAGGGCGAGAAGGACUUUGAGUCGCACGGGACGCGCGCGCAGGACGGCGUGCUCGAGUCGAGCCGCCGCGCCCUCGAGGACGUACUCAGCUACACGCGCGUGCACCGCGGCGACGGCUGGGUGCGCGGAUGGUACAUGCCCGACUUUUGGGAAGCCUCCCCCGCCGAAGCCAGCACUGACCGCCGGCAGGACGAUGACGGGCGCCUGAUGCUACGCGAGCGCGUCGUCGUCGUCGAGCACGAGAGGGGAAGCUGGACCAAGGACAUUGGGCGCUCCGUGCCGGCGGGCGUCGCCUGCACGGAGGCGCAGAGGCCCGGCGUCGGGAGGCUUUGGCUGCUGCCGGAGGAGGCACUGCACAUGGUCGAGCGCGGCACGCUGGACCUCUGGUGGCCGUACAAGGAUCUGGGCGAGCUCUCGGGCGGUGGUGCCGAGCCGACGAGGGGGCCUGACGACUACGAGGCGGGCGUGCCGCUGAGCCUGGAGGCGGCGUACUCCCUGUUGCUCGGCGAGGAGGACGGCGAGCGCGGGCGCAUAUCGCUGCCGCGGUACCAGGUCUUCACGCACCUGAAGCGAGGAGGGUUCCACGUGCUGCGCGCCUCGGAGGAGCAAGCUAGUGGUGCAGACACGACAGCGGCGGGAAAAACUACGGACACGACGACGCUGCUGCAGUGGCUGCUCGCUCUGGUAGGAUGGGGAGGCGGCGGCGAUGCGCGGCCGCAAGCAGAGCCCAAGAAGCACUCCUUCGGACCGCUAGUGUCGCCGGGUCUCUACCGGGCAUACCGGCCCGUGUACGAGCAGCUCAGCCUGCUACCACGCCACCGGCCGCAACGGCGCCUUCUCGCCGCCAACGCGCAGGACGUCGCCGCGCCGGCGCCGCAGAGCCCGUACAAGGUCUUCUUCCACGUCUGGAAGUCCGGCGGCGCGCCGUUCUCCAAGCGCAGCCCGCCGGCGCCCAACUUCCGCAUCGCCGUGACGGACGCGGACCUGCACGGGGUGCCAACGCUCGCGGAGACGGAGGCGCUGCUGGCGUCGACACCGGCGGACGGGCCGGAGGCCAACCCGGCGUGGAAGGGGCCCGGCCGGCUGUACCAGCGGCUGAAGCACGGCCACAGGAACGUGCUGGUGGCGGUGGUGGACAGGGGGCUGGUGAACUACAUGAGGCUCGGCGAGGGCGCGUUCGGCGAGGAGAGGCUCUACGAGAGGCUGGAUGCGCGGAGGGGCGGCCGGGGUGGAGGAGGGAAGAGGGGACGCGGAAGGGGAAGGGGACGCGGUGGGAGAGGGCGUGGAAGGGGAAGGUGA